AUGGCAAAGAAAAAAUAAUAAAUUGAAGUAGUAGAAUUUACAGAAGCUGAAAAGAAAGCACUUGAGAAAUUGUAAGAGUUGUGAAUAAUAACUAGAGAUCAUUCUCAUCUUUUAAUAGAAAUUCAAGUCUUAUAAGAUAGAAUAGUAGAGUUAUAGAAAAAGAUUUAUGAAUUAAAUGAAAAUAGUAGAAAAACUAAUGAUCAAAAUGUAAAGUAUGUAUAGAAUUAUGUUUAGUUGACUUUGACUUUAAAAAUGGAAUCUGAUAUUAUUAAAAAAGAAAGCGAAUAUAAUAUGCUACUUUAAUAAUAUGAUGAUUUAAGAAAAUAAACAACAGAAGAAAUAGAAAGUGUAAUAUAAAGAAAAGAUGAUAAGAUAAAAUGUAAAUUUGUUAUUGGAUUGAGUAGAUUUGGAAAAAGAAAAAACAGAAUAAGAAAUUAAAUAUAAAGAUGAAUUAUAAAAGAUAAAUGAAGAGUUGAAAAAGUGGAGUCAUUUUAAAGUAAGUUUAAUACAAUAUUAAGGAUGAAAAAGAAAAUUUGAUAAAGGAAAUUCAUGAUUUAAAAGAGGAAAUGACAAAAAAGGAUUAUGCUCAUUUAGAUGAAUAAAGUAAAGCAAAUAAAAACUUUCUUAAAUAAACACAAAAUUUAACAAAUGUAAAUAAUGCUAAGAUUGAAGAUGUAUAAAGGAAUGCAAAUAAAUUAGCAGAAGAAAAAGUAGCUGCUAAAUAUGAUGGAAUUCUUAAGGAAAAUGAAAAAAUAAAGAAUGAAUUAUUGGAAUAUGAUAGAACCUUAUAAAUAUAUUAAAAAGAUAAAGAAACAUUCUAAUAAGAAAAUAUUAAUUAUAAAUUAAAUCUAAGUAUUAAAGAGGAAUAAGCUUAAGAGUAUAUUAUUAUAUUUUUUAUAUCUUUAGAUAUCAAUUGAUGAAUCAUUAAUAAAUAAUAAAGAUUAAAUAAUUAAAAGAUAGAAUUGAAUAUUUGAAAUCCUACAUUGCAAAUGUAAUCAUUUUUAUAUCAAUUCUACUUAGGAAGUUACAAAAUAGACAAAGGAAAUUGAAAUAAUGAAACAUCAAAGUAAUACAAAAGUGUAGGAAUUAGAAAUUUAAUUAAGAAAUUUGAGAAAUCUUUUAGAUUAAAGAACUAAAGAAUUAAAGACUGUUAAAGCUUUAGCCUAAAUGAUUUUAGAUUAGAGAUCAGACAUUGAAUAGUUUUUCCUUUAGGCAAUUGAUCAAGUCAAAAAUGAAAUGAAAAUUAAGAAUAAAAAUCAAAAGAAUAGUCGCUUACCUGAUAUAUCAUAAAAAUCAUAAAGUUUAGAAUAAAACAAAGUUGAUAUAAAUGAUUUGGAUUUAGAGGAAAAGGAAAAGUUGUUGAGGAUUCUUUUCUCAAAAAUGAAUUAGGGAAUCCCACCAAUAAAUUGGAAAUCUUAACUUGGUCAUGUAUAUAAAAUUAAUUUAAUAUUAUAGAGUAAAUCUUAAGUAGAUGCUAGUUCAUUUAGAGAUAACUAAUAUCAAUGA